GACGCGCAGACUCGGCUCCCCCGCGGCCCGCCCUCCCGCCGGCCUCGCCGCGGUCUCCCUAGCUCCCUGAGAUCGCUGAGCUCUGAACAGCGGCCCAGGGAGGAGGCCUUGGGCGACGCGGCGCGGAGAGGGAGGGCGGGCGGGCGGGCAGUGGGAGCGCCGCGGGUCUCUAUAUGGCGACGGCUCUGUCGGGUCUGGCUGUCCGGCUGUCGCGCUCGGCCGCCGCCCGCUCCUAUGGGGUCUUCUGCAAGGGGUUGACCCGCACGUUGCUCAUCUUCUUUGACUUGGCUUGGCGGCUGCGCAUCAACUUUCCCUACCUCUACAUCGUGGCUUCCAUGAUGCUCAACGUGCGUCUGCAGGUUCAUAUUGAGAUCCAUUGAAGGCCACCCCUGACUGAUAGGCAUCACCCUGGCGCAAAGCAUGAGGGG